GGCAUCCGAUAAUUUUUUCUAUGAACAGCCUUGAGUAGGUGUGGCUCCGCGCCUCCGCCACUGGUUUAAACAAAUAUUAUCUGAAGUAGUAGAAUCUAGACUACGAGGAUGAUAUAAUACCAUUUCGCUCCUGAAAAAAAGAAUAAAACGAGCGGGAGAUUAUUGGUUCGUCUUCAUCGGUGAUGUCAAUCAUGGAUGGCACCUUGCAAUUCCUAACGAACCUUUCAAAUCUCUCUGACCACCGGUUAAACGGCGUCGAAUUUAACGGCAACGAAGAAGAAGAAGAAGAAGUACAAGACACCGAGGCAUGGGAAACGAUUACAAAGUGUUUUAAAGAGGUACAAUCGGUUUUGGAUCAGAACAGAGUUCUAAUUCAACAAGUGAAUGAAAAUCAUGAAUCGAAGGUUCCAGAUAAUAUGGUGAAGAACGUUGCUCUUAUCAGAGAUAUAAAUAGUAAUAUCUCUAAAGUUUCUCGACUUUACUCGAAUCUCUCUCGUGAUUUCUGCAACAUCGUUCAUCAACGACGAACACAGGCUUUGUGUGAAACUAAGAAUCGCGAUGAUGACGUGGACACUGCCGAAUCCUGAGUCAACUCUUUUGCUCAAUCUAAAUAUAGUAAUCUCAUCUUCUGUAAUUACUUUUGUUCUAAGUAUAAUCUUUAGGUUUUUAUCACGUCAUAUGGUGUCUAGACUCUAGUUAUGCCAGUUGAGAGUUGUCUCCUUUAUCCUUCCAUACUAUUAGUAGUAUUAAUUUUGUUGUUUCUUAUUUUUUGAUUUCUGUUGUUUCUUGUACUUCGAUUAUAGUAUUAUCUUGUUGGAGUUACUGUUCCUCUUUAAGAAUGAUUUGUCAUGCUA